GUUAACAGAACAGUGGAGAAGAAAAAAUCGGGGCUGGAUUGUUUUGGCAGAAAGUCCUGCACUUUUCUAAUUACGUUGCUCUUCAGCACACGCUGCAAUGGCAGACAAAGAAGGUAGGACAUUUGAUGAUGCUGUGGAGGAACGGGUCAUAAAUGAGGAGUAUAAGAUAUGGAAAAAGAAUACACCGUUCCUCUACGACUUAGUCAUGACCCAUGCUCUCGAAUGGCCAAGUCUCACUGUGCAGUGGUUACCUGAUGUCAGCAGGCCAGAGGGAAAAGACUAUGCCAUUCACAGACUGGUGCUGGGGACACACACGUCAGAUGAGCAGAACCACCUGGUUAUCGCCAGUGUUCAGAUUCCAAAUGAUGAUGCACAAUUUGAUGCCUCACACUAUGACAGCGAAAAAGGAGAGUUUGGAGGUUUUGGAUCAGUGAGUGGAAAGAUUGAGAUUGAGAUUAAGAUUAAUCACGAGGGAGAGGUCAACCGUGCCAGAUACAUGCCCCAGAAUCCCUGCAUCAUCGCUACCAAGACCCCGACCUCAGACGUGCUGGUGUUUGACUACACCAAACAUCCAUCCAAACCAGACCCCAGCGGGGAGUGCAGUCCUGAUUUGAGGCUAAAGGGCCACCAAAAGGAGGGGUAUGGUUUGUCCUGGAACCCAAACCUCAGUGGCAACCUGCUCAGUGCGUCUGAUGACCACACGAUCUGUCUUUGGGAUAUCAGUGGAGGGCCGAAGGAGGGAAAGAUAGUGGACGCUAAGACCAUCUUUACUGGCCAUACUGCGGUGGUGGAGGAUGUGUCUUGGCACCUUCUCCACGAGUCUCUCUUCGGCUCCGUGGCUGAUGAUCAGAAACUGAUGAUCUGGGACACACGAUCCAAUAACACAGCCAAACCCAGUCACUCGGUGGACGCUCACACAGCUGAGGUCAACUGCUUGUCCUUCAACCCCUACAGCGAGUUCAUCCUGGCCACCGGCUCUGCAGAUAAGACAGUAGCUCUUUGGGAUCUGCGUAACCUGAAGCUGAAGCUUCACUCCUUUGAAUCACACAAGGAUGAAAUAUUCCAGGUUCAGUGGUCCCCGCAUAAUGAGACUAUUUUGGCCUCCAGUGGAACAGAUAGAAGACUGAAUGUCUGGGAUCUGAGUAAAAUUGGAGAGGAGCAGUCUGCUGAGGAUGCAGAGGAUGGACCUCCUGAGCUGUUGUUCAUUCAUGGUGGACACACUGCCAAAAUCUCAGAUUUCUCAUGGAAUCCCAAUGAACCCUGGGUAAUCUGUUCUGUGUCUGAGGACAACAUCAUGCAAGUUUGGCAGAUGGCGGAGAACAUCUACAACGACGAGGAGCCAGACACCCCCGCCUCUGAACUGGAAGGUCAGGGGUCGUAGGGGUCUCCCCUAACCUGGCCGAGAGUCACAGCAGGGUCCACACGUCAUAUAUUAGCCCAUGUGGCCUAAGUCUUUCGGGGCUUAAUUCACUCAGUCUUCGUCUCCUGCAUCACUUUUCUUUACAUCCUUUAUGUAGGUACCACUUUUUUUCCCUCUCCAUAUGACAAACACCGUUUCCAUAUUAGGUCCCCAUUAUGAAACAGGGCUUUCAUGUUACUUUAGAUAGCUUUUCAAAUGGCUCCUACUGCUCAGAGACAGGAGGAUAAUUUUUUCAUUCUUUUUUUCUUUUUUUUUUAG